UCUGUGGCUGACUGAGUCAGUAGGAACAGAGUGUGUUUGUCCCUCACUGUCUAAGUUCUUUCCACUCGGGUGACAACUCCUUCCCUUUUGAACAUCCUCUGCUUGAACUGUCAUUCGUUCGGCACCAUGCUGCUUCGGACUGUGGUCCUGCUCGUCCUCUGCGUGUCCUCGGGUAUGUGUGCCACUUUGGGCUUUUACCAAGAGAAGGAAGAGGAGGCAGCUGUGGAUUCGACUGCCGCUUCCGCUGUUGCUGGUGAUUCUGUAGAUGCCGCUAAUGAAGGUGUAGCUGCUGCAGAAAUCCAAGUAGAGGACAGACUACUAUCUAAAAUACUUGGAGUGAACAACCAAGAGGGUGACGGACCUGAAGGGGAUGUCCAUGUGGCAGAUGAUGCCAAAAAGCCAGAGCAUGGGCCUGCUGGAGAGAGCCCAGCUCUUACGAAAGACGCUGUCGCCCAGAACCAACCUUCUUCUGAGGAGGAGGCAAAUGAGAUCAAACCAGCCCAGAAAAACGAGUCCCUGAACAGAGCCUUGGCACAGGAAGAUGAGAGCAGUUGGAGCCUCAACUCAAUCAGAAGCAGCUUCCAGACUGUGCACGGAUACUUUGACUCCCUAGUGGAGCUGGUCGGUGGACCUGAUGGCGUGUGUCAGUAUCGCUGCAGAUAUGGAAAACUUCCUGAACCUCGUCCCGGCUACCGGCAUCCAGAGCCCAACGGGUGCAGCUCAUCCCUGUUGGGUCUUCAGCUUGACAUGGGGAUCCCUGCUAUGACACAGUGCUGCAGCAACCUCGACGUUUGCUAUGACACAUGCGGCACGAGCAAGUACGACUGUGACGCCAAGUUUCGCCUGUGUCUGCAUGACAUCUGCUCCGACCUUAAGAAGAGUCUGGGCUUCGUGUCGAGGGUACAAGCCUGUGAAUCAAUGGCGGACGCUCUCUACAACACAGUGUGGACUCUUGGUUGUAGGCCCUACAUGAACAGCCAGAGGGCGGCUUGCAUCUGCGAGGGAGAGGAGAGGGACGAACUGUGACACAGAACACCGUGGGCAAGCUGCGAAUACCUUUCCAAACAAAUGACAGAGAAUAUCGUGGAUAUUUCAUAUUAAGCGAUACAGUUAUGGGUUUUUUUUGUCAAGGACGUGACGUGUCACAAGCCUCCCUCUCAGGAUUCAGAGUCCAGGAAUUAAAAAGAGACGAACAGGGAAUUCAGGUUUACAAUUUAUUCAUAGGAAGAACAAAAAAAAAAUAUCACUUGUCUGAACGCGACUUUCAGAAUUAAUUGCUUAUGCAUAUUACACUCUCCACACUUCUCAUUUUUUAGGCCAGUUUUGGGCCUCUAUGACUCCAUUACCAUAAAUUACUUGAUGACUCCAAACACAGUGCCUGAUGGGAAGGAUAUUGCAGUUGGAUUCAUUUCCUCUAUGUAGAAGGACACAAAAUAAUUACUAAUUACCGCACAAACCUUAAGUCAAUGUCAUGUAAAUUUAUUGCUUAUUACAGCUACUAUGUUAAUGUUUGAUGUAAGUUAUUUGCCGGUUAUUUGUUUUUUUUUUGUUUUUUUUGUUGGUGUUGUUUUUAUGAAUAAAUGCAUGACUAAUUGCAGUUUAACUGACAUGAUUAUCACUGGAUUAAUUAUCAGCAGACUGACGGAGCAUACGCACAAUUUCCGGACGCGGCGUACUGACAUCCCUUUUCCUCCCCGAUGACACGCUCGGCCAUCCAUCACUCUGAGAGUACGAGCCAGAAUGCAUCUGUAGAUGUCGCGACGUGUAUUUAUUCAAGUCACUGACGCUGGCGUGAAAUAUAAACCACUUUUCUAAAUGCUCUAAACCUCUGAGCUGUAAUCAAGACUGAGAAAUGUGUGACCUAGUUUUCGAGUGGAUUCUGAUUGAAAUGUCAUUCACUUUAAUGUGAUGUCAUGUAAACGGCGCUGCAGGGCAAAGUGGCAAAGACAAACAAACAAGUCUUAACAAGAAUUCCAGGCAUUUCCAGUGCUGGGAACAACACUGGAAAUAGUAAAUAAGAGGAAUGCACAUGUACAGUAUAUAUACAAUAUGUGGGACUGUAAAGGGACAGUUCAAUGGAACGCUACCAAAUAAAAUGAAAUGGUCAGUUUGUCUUUAACCUAAA